UUCAAUUUUCUUAAACCCUAAACCCUAGCUCAGCUCAGUAAGCUUCCACUUCCAUUUUCCAAAUGGUGAAGGCCUAUCUCCGGUAUGAACCGGCGGCGUCUUUCGGCGUUAUAGUUUCCGGCGAAUCGAACAUCACAUACGACAACUCCGGCAAACACUUGUUAGCUCCGGCGUUAGAGAAAAUCGGUAUAUGGAAUGUUAAGUUGCAUAAUUGUACCAAAACCCUAGAGCCUUUACCUUCAUCAAGCUCAAAUGGACCUUCUCUCGCCGUUACGUCAAUCGCUGUUUCUCCUCCUUCUUCAUCUCAGAUAGCAAGUGGUUAUGCGGAAGGAAGCAUUAGAAUUUGGGAUUCCGAUAAAGGAAUAUGUGACACCACAUUGAAUGGGCAUAAAGGGGCUGUGACGGCCCUACGAUACAAUAAGCCUGGGUCAUUUCUAGCAUCCGGAGGCAAAGAUAAUGACGUUAUUGUAUGGGAUGUGGUGGGUGAGACUGGCCUGUUUCGCCUUCGGGGACAUCGUGAUCAGGUUACUGAUCUUGUUUUCUUAGAUUCUGGCAGAAAGCUGGUAACGUCUUCUAAGGACAAAUUUUUGAGGGUAUGGGAUCUUGAUACUCAACACUGCAUGCAGAUUAUAAGUGGCCAUCAUACUGAAAUAUGGUCCAUAGAUAUUGACCCUGAGGAAAGAUAUCUGGUCACUGGUUCUGCUGACCCUGAACUGCGUUUUUACACUAUAAAACAUGAUUUAGCUGAUGGACAAUUGAUUGCUAACAAAAGCGAAACAGAUGUAAACAAAAGCGAAACAGAUGUAAGUACGGACUUGCCUACUGUAAACAAAUGGGAAGUGCUGAAGUCAUUUGGUGAAAUUCAGCGCCAAAGCAAAGAUAGAGUUGCGACAGUGAGGUUUAACAAGAAUGGAAACUUGCUGGCUUGUCAAGUUGCAGGGAAGACGGUGGAAAUAUUCCGUCGGCUGGAUGAGUCUGAAUCUAAACGCAAAGCUAAAAGAAGAAUAAGUAGAAAGAAAGAGAAGAAAGCUGCCAAAGAAGGUCUUGAGGCAACGGAAAAAGCAGAGACAGAUAUCAGAGCUGAAAGAGUCAGCACUCCUGUUGUUACAGUCCAGGAUAUCUUCAAGCUUCAUCAGACCCUACGGUCUGGAAAGAAGAUCUCCUCAAUUUCCUUCUCCCCAGUUAUUUCAAAGGAUUCACAGGCUACCUUAGCUUUGUCUUUGAACAAUAAUAUAUUGGAGUUUUAUGCUAUAAAAAACAGUUCAGCUACUAAAUCGAGUGCUAUUGAUGGUCAGGGGCAUCACGCUGAUGUCAGAAGUGUUACUCUCAGCUCAGAUAACACUCUUUUGAUGUCGACUAGUCACAAUGCAAUUAAAAUAUGGAACCCUACUACUCUUUCUUGCCUCCACACAAUUGAUUCAGGAUAUGGUCUCUGUGGACUGUUUGUUCCAGGUAACAAGUAUGCGGUCAUUGGUACAAAGGACGGGACCUUGGAAUUUAUUCAAGUUACAAGUGGUACUCGUGUGGAAGUAGUGGAAGCCCAUGGCGGUUCUAUUCAGUCAAUUGCUUUAACUCCAGGUGGGACAGGUUUUCUCACUGGCAGUGCUGAUCACGACAUUAAAUUCUGGGAAUUUCAAAGGGCUGGUGAAGGGCAUUUAACUGCAUCUCCUGCAAGGAGCUUAAAAAUGAAUGAUGAUGUUCUAGCCGUUGCUGUGAGUCCUGAUGGUAAAUUUAUUGCUGUUGCCUUGUUGGAUAGCACAAUAAAGGUCUUCUAUACGGAUUCACUCAAGUUCCGUUUUUCACUCUACGGGCAUAAGCUGCCUGUAUUUUGUAUGGAUAUUUCUUCAGAUGGGGCUUUGCUUGUAAGUGGCUCUGCGGACAAAAAUGUGAAAAUUUGGGGUCUGGAUUUCGGGGAUUGUCAUAAGUCACUUUUUGCGCAUGCUGACAGUGUCACGGGAGUUAACUUUGUGAGCAACACCCAUUACUUUUUUACUGUGGGAAAAGAUCGCCUGGUGAAGUACUGGGAUGCUGACAAGUUUGAGUUGCUUUUAACCCUUGAAGGUCACCAUGCUGAAGUUUGGUGUCUUGCUGUGAGCAACCGUGGGGAUUUUAUUGUUACAGGAUCGCAUGAUCGUUCCAUACGCCGCUGGGAUCGUACCGAAGAACCAUUUUUUAUUGAGGAAGAGAAAGAAAAGAGAUUGGAAGCAAUGUUUGAAUCAGACAUUGACAAUGCACCUGAGAAUAAGUAUGGACCUAAGGAAGAACAUCCGGGGGAGGGAGCUGUGGCAUUAGCAGGGAAAACGACACAAGAAACUCUUACUGCUGCAGAUACUAUCAUUGAAGCACUGGACAUGGCAGCUGCGGAACUGAAGCGAAUUGCUGAACAUGAGGAGUACAUAUCAAAGGGUCGAGUUUCAGAAUUCAGGCCCAAUAUUCUCAUGCUAGGGCUGUCUCCUUCCGAUUAUGUUCUUCGUGCAUUAUCUAGUGUUCCUACUAAUGAUCUGGAGCAAACGUUGCUGGCUUUACCCUUUUCUGAUGCUUUGGUGCUCUAUUCGUACCUGGAGAAUUGGACCUCUAUACCAGAUAAGGUGGAGCUUGUUGCCAGGGUAGCUACAUUACUAACGCAACUUCAUCAUCACCAGCUGAUUUCAACUCCCUCUGCCAGACCCCUAAUGACCCGUCUAACAGGCAAAGUUCAUCAGGGUGUUAAGGAAUUCAGAGAUCUCAUCGGUUUCAACCUUGCUGCUAUGCGUCAUUCCUUGCAAGUGAUAGCUUCAAAGUCGGAUGCAGUACUUCGAGAUGCAAAGACUAGCAUAUUGGAGAUACGCUCACAGAACACAAAACGCGUUGAAGCAAGGGCAGACACAAAACAAGAAAAAAAGCGAAAGAAGAAACAGAAGAAGUCGGAUGGCGGACAUGUUUGGUCAUGAUGUAUUAUUUCCUCAAUUACACUUAUUCCUUCACUUCUUAGUUCCUUCUGGAGUGGGAGGGGUAGCAAUUUUGGUCAUUCAACUUUAGCAAAGUAUGGUUAAAUUUUUGAUACAUUAAUUGUAUAUAAUUGCUUCAUUGCAUCAUUCAUAUUGAAUUGUAAUCUUGAUGAGUGUUGAUUUCUUAAAUGACACACCAGAGGGGUUUGAAUUAGCUCCUCCCGAUUGUAUCUCUUCCGAGAUGAAAGAAAAGAUUGACAAUUUGUCUUUUCAGAUAUAUCGCUUGUAAAAUAAAAACUUGAUAUGUUUUUCGGA